AAUCGCCCGUCAACUGUCAUUAUAGACCUCAGAUCAGGAGCUGUAGGAGUUAUAAAUGUCUGAUUUGUGGAUUAAAAAGCGUAUUAUAUAUUUUGGAUCUAGAAUUGAAUCAAAGGAACAUCUUGGAUUUAAGAUUCGCUUUCGGCUUAUACAUUAUCCAAAAUUAAAGAUUAUUGAUUUAAUUAUUUUUUAAAGUAAGAAGAUGCCAGUAGAUCAGAUUCAAUAUUCUGAAAAGUAUAGCGAUGAUAAGUACGAGUAUAGGCAUGUAAUAUUGCCAUUUGAUCUUGCUAAAUAUGUUCCAAAAACUCAUCUCAUGACAGAAACGGAAUGGAGGAAUUUAGGAGUUCAGCAAAGUCCUGGAUGGGUUCAUUAUAUGAUGCAUGGACCAGAACCACAUGUUCUGUUAUUCCGCAGACUGAGGACCGAUCUUCUACCAUCUCGAUGCACUGCUUCACAGAGAGAACAGACUGUUGUGCAAUGUAAUUGAAUUUGAAAUAAUGAUUAAAUGUAAGAUUAUGUCAAUGCAAAUAAGAUGUGUGCAGUACGCAACUAUAUUUAUAAAUAUGUAUUAAAGAUGUAUUAAUUAUUAACAUAGAA